ACGGGUUUAUUGGCGUACUAUAAUAAUUAGGUUGUAUAAUUGGGUUCUAUAUAAAACAUAGAACUGUUGUUAUACAACUAACACUCUUAACCUACUAGUGCGAUCAAGAUGAAGUCGUCAUUGGUUUUGAUUUUGGCUAUUUGCAGCAUUUCUUACUCUGUCGCAGAUGAAACAUCCGAUUCGGUUAAUUGGAGAUAUGACAAUGACACGAUACCCGAGAUGUUGCCAAGAAAUAUGCGUGACAAAAGUAACGAAGAAAUUGAAAAAGCUGUUUUCAAUGCGUACCAAAAUCAAAUUAAAGUAGUUUCUGAAUACAGUGGUCAUGUUUAUGAUCCCGAAUUUCCGAUUGGAUAUUUCAAAAAUGAAUGUCGCGUACCGGAUUCACAGACAUACGGAACCGACAUUGAUUUGAUAUUCGACAAUAACGUAUUGAGUGGAUUAAGAGAUUAUUAUCAAAACGUUAUUAUCAUUAAAUGGGCACCUGAUCAAAUCGAGACCAUUGUCGAAUGGAAAGAAGCCGAUAUUAGAGGAAACUAUCAUUAUUUAAAUCCUACAUUCUUUGAUCAAGGAAACUAUCACAUUAAAUUGGAAAAUUUAAAAUACCAGGCAACUACGACACUUACUGAAAACACCAUGAAAUAUCCAUCUUCAGUGCCAAGUUCAAGCAUUUCAUAUACAAGUGUUAAAGCUUCAUUUUCAGGAAAAAUUCCAACUGUGACAAAUAUUGACGAUUCGCACAACUUAAAAUACUUCUUGGAAGAAGUUGUUUUCCAACAUGUCGCUGAUGAUGUAGUGAAAUCAAUGCAGCCUAACAUUUCUAUCGCAGUUAGACAAGCAGUUAGACCUUACAUUAUGUUCAAGAACGUAUCAGACCCUCACUUCAAAGGAUUUACUGCCAGUACGCCUUCGAAUUUACAACUCGAAGUCGGUGACGUCUUCACUAAUGGUUUGAACCAAACCCUACAAAGAGUAAGAAACAUGACUGUUGACAUGGCUAACAAAAAAUUGAUGUCAUCAACCGAGUUGGUGAUGCAUAAUUUGAGUGGAACCUUCCGAGUGAAGCUCACCAAUGGCACCAACGAGUACACGGAUUACGCUACUUUUGAAAUCGAAAAUAUCAAUGUAGCUCCAGUUAGCAAUAUGUUCAACCGCGAUGAUUGCACCGCAAGUACCACUGUUAAAAACACCAAAGUUACGAUUGACCCUGCAAGUUUCUACUUGUCCAAAAAAGAAGAGCUUGAAGUAAUCCAAGUUUUAGAAAAUGAAUUUUCUAGUACCCUUAAGAAUAAAUUUGACAAAACUGUUUGCAUAGCUUUGGGUGAUAUGCUCAACUCUAAAGCCGGAAACUUUUAGUUAAAAAUAUGUAUACAUCAAAAAUAUUUCGAAAAGCUAAUAAUCCGUCUAUUUAACUGCAGUUAUGUAUAAUAUAUUAAUAUAUAUAUAAAGGCAUUGGUGGUACACGGAGUAGCAGUUAUGUGCCUUGAUGCUUCGUUUUAGAUACUUUUUUGUCUAUUAUAAUUAUUUUAAAUUAUUUAAAUAAUAAUAUAAUAAUAAUAUUUUUUAUUUUAAACUGUUGUAGUUAUACGUUAAAUAAACAUUUAAUGUUACACAUAGUACCAAAUAUCAACAAUACUUUUUAUGAUUA